AGGCGGGGCAGGAAGGGGAGAACUCUGUGGUCAGGGAACUCCUCGCCGAGCACAGCUGCACAGCGCUGUCAGAGCGUCCGAUCCCCAGCUCACGGCCCCUCAGCCCCCUGCCCAUGAUGUUUCCAGCAGUGGUCUUGCUCUUACUCCUUUUGGUUGAACAAGCAGCGGCCCUGGGGGAGCCUCAGCUGUGCUACAUCCUGGACGCCAUCUUGUUUUUGUAUGGUAUAAUUCUGACUCUGCUCUACUGUCGACUCAAGAUCCAAGUGCGAAAGGCAGCGAUAGCCAGCUUUGAGAAAUCAGAUGGCAUUUAUACGGGCCUGAGCACCCGGAACCAAGAGACUUAUGAAACACUGAAGCAUGAGAAACCACCCCAGUAACCAGAUGUCCUUGUCACAUCCUUCUUCAGCUUCCAGUUUUCCUCCCACCUCUCUUGGCCUCACCUAUGCCUGCCUAUUGUUAAUGAUAGCUGGCCCUACCCAUAAUGACGCUAAACCCCAGAUUGAUGUCUACCAGUCCUCCUCCCUGUCAAAGACUUGUGCUCAGACGCUAUUCAUUGAUGUUUCUUUUCUAGUCUCACUCCCUUCUGCCCAUUUUUUCUUCCCCAUUCCCAGCUCCUACUAAACAAUGGCAAGGGAGUACCGCCAAUAAAGCUGCCCCAGAGAGAUUCCAUUGAUUUAUUGAUUC